AAAUAGUGAUCCGUGCUAACCGCUGAGCAGCAGCGAGUCCGCCGCGCGCUCUUCCUGCCAAAUAGUGAGCCUCUCCGCUGUCCACCUGUUUUUAAAAAGGCGCCAAAAGCAGCGGAAACGUGUGCACGCGGACACCAUUAGCGGGUCCUUUGAUGUUCGCCGUGAUUUCAAACGUAACGGCGCCGUUAGCUUCGACUGUUAGCCUCCGCAUUGUAGUGUGAGCGGCGGCACGGCAGGGGGCGCUCUGUGCACAUAAAGAGCGGGAGAACAUGCGCUGACCCAGAGUCAGAUCUGUGAGGUGUCACUGAGAGAGGCAGCGUCAGACGCAGAUAAGAGCUGAUCUGCGAGCAGCUUCCUGUCGUAUACGUCGGAGGAGGCUCGCUUUAUUCACCGGAGAUAACCCACGGUGGCGGUGUUUGCCGCCUUUUGAACAGUAACAGAGCGAAAUGAGGAGCUAGCACCGCCCACCCAGGGAGCUCCGGUGGUAGAAUCGCAGUGACGGGUUGUUAAAUUACAACCAGGGCGGAGGAAUUCGUGUGCAGACCGAAAGCCGAGCCUGCUCACGGCUCCACAGCUCCACAGCUCGCCGCUCCUCCGUGAAACGGGUCGACUCCGAGCCGAAGCCCAUGAUAGAGCCGAGCCACGGAGAACCCUCCGGAGGAUGCCGAGAGACACGAACUCGAUGUGAAAAUCGUCGCGGCGAGAUGUGAGAUGAACCCGGGGAAAAGUGCGACCGAGGCCGGCGACAUCAUGCUGGUCCGGAGCUCCCACGGCCGAGGCCGAGCCAGAGUCACUCAUGCCGUGGUCGUGAUCUUCCUGGAGUUCUUCGCCUGGGGGCUGCUGACCACGCCCAUGCUGACGGUCCUCCAUGAGACGUUUCCUGAGCACACCUUCCUGAUGAACGGCCUGGUUCACGGCGUGAAGGGCUUCCUGUCGUUCCUGUCGGCUCCUCUGAUUGGUGCGCUGUCAGAUAUCUGGGGCAGGAAGUCGUUCCUCCUCAUGACGGUGUUCUUCACCUGCGCCCCGAUUCCCUUCAUGAGGAUCAGCCCGUGGUGGUACUUCGCUCUGAUCUCAGUCUCAGGGAUUUUCGCCGUGACCUUCUCUGUGAUCUUCGCCUACGUCGCCGACAUCACGGAGGAACACGAGAGGAGCACGGCCUACGGACUCGUCUCUGCGACCUUCGCAGCCAGUUUGGUGACGAGCCCGGCCAUCGGGGCCUACCUGUCGGCGCAGUACAGCGACAGCCUGGUGGUCCUGGUCGCCACGGUGAUCGCCGUAGCCGACAUCGCCUUCGUGUUCUUCGUCGUGCCGGAGUCGCUGCCCGACAAGAUGCGGCUGACGUCCUGGGGCUUCCCCAUCUCCUGGGAGCAGGCCGACCCCUUCGCCUCUCUGCGGCGCGUCGGGAAGGACACCACGGUGCUGCUGAUCUGUGUCACCGUGUUCCUGUCGUACCUGCCCGAGGCCGGACAGUACUCGAGCUUCUUCCUGUACCUGAGACAGGUGAUCGAGUUCUCUCCUGCCGCCAUCGCCGCCUUCAUCGCCAUGGUGGGAAUCCUCUCUAUCGUCGCUCAGACUCUGUUCCUCAGUGUUCUGAUGAGAACCAUUGGGAACAAGAACACGGUUCUUCUCGGUCUGGGAUUUCAACUUUUCCAGCUGGCCUGGUACGGCUUCGGCUCCGAACCAUGGAUGAUGUGGGCAGCAGGAACUGUGGCAGCCAUGUCCUCCAUCACUUUCCCAGCAGUCUCUGCUCUGGUGUCACACAGCGCAUCACCUGACCAGCAAGGUGUGGCUCAGGGCAUGAUCACAGGUAUCAGAGGUCUGUGUAACGGGUUGGGUCCGGCUCUGUACGGCUUCAUCUUCUUCCUGUUCAACGUGGAGCUCAACGACAUGAAGCCGACUACCGGGAGAGAGACGGGCAGCACGGAGAAGUCGCUCAUCCCGGGUCCUCCCUUCCUGUUCGGAGCGUGUGCCGUCUUAUUCGCUCUCCUCGUCGCCAUCUUCAUCCCCGAGCAUCACCGAUUGGCCGACAUCAAGACCUGCUCCGCCCACAAGUCCAGCAGCGCCACGUCCGCCGCACAUGCUCAGAACGCCAACAGUCUGGCCACACCCACCAGUGACGCAGAGGACAUUGAGCCGCUCCUGCAGGACAGCAGCAUGUGACUGACUGACAGCCGGCUCAGCCAACCACAGCGCUGAGGCCCGCCUGCUAGUCCCGCCCACUCCCUUCAAAAUAAAACAGCUUUUAUUUUUUUUAUUUCUUCAGACUGUUCGAGCGUCGGCUCACGUUAGGCGGCACUCACACUGACGAGCUCGUUAAGACGCCGCCAUCGCGCCCGUCUUUCUCUCUGUCGCUGUAAAUCGCCGUUUUCCCGCCUCACUGCUGCGUCUGCGCCCCCUGCUGGUCAAACCGAUACUAACAGUUCACCUUUAUCACUUUUCUAUGUUUUCUAGACUCCAAACAUUCUGCUUCACAUGGUUUGUACCUCGAGCCAUUCUUAGCACCUCGCCCCGGUGAGGGUGGGCAGGUAGAACCAAAGGGCUGCAGGUCAGAACCAGAACCAGAGCCCGGUCAGGGCAGGACACUCCUCAUUUGUUUUAAGUUGCUUUCGUCUCGUGCCAUCCAGUCUCAGCACUUUGAAGCCUCUGUUGCCGAGGAUGUGUUUGAUGAGACGAGUGUACGGUGGCCUUCAUGCCUGAGCCGUUCAAGAAGCGUGAACAGAAAGACCAGUUUCCCAGACUCGGCUAUUAAGGUGUCGUCGGAGAUGUUGGCUUCUGCCUGUAUAUGUCUUCUUGAACAGAGCUCAGGUAGGUCCAGAUGAAGAAGGUGUCAGAAUGUGCUCCGUGUCUUUUUCUGAAAUAUCUUCUUCUUUAUCUGGACGCGCACCGUUCAUUUUGUUUUUCUGCACUUCUGAUUUUGUUCUGCGCAGGAAGUAGGGUUUGAUUAUGGCCAUGAGGUUCUCAGACAUCCGGGACCCCAGAGCCUUUUCGCCUGGAGUGGCAUCCUUCUCUCGGGCACGGGUGAUGGGGUUCUCGUACUCUGCUUUGAAUGUUUUGGCUGUGCCGAGGAGAGAAGUCAAAGAGAGCCCACGUUUCUGUCAGGUUGUUCUGGACUGGAGUUCCUGUGAGAAGAACUCUGGUAUGGCGGUCGUUCUUCCUCGUUAGUCGUUCUGAUUGGACGACACCGGCUGAGUUUCCAUCGACGUGUUUUAAAGUCACAUGACCGAUCAGAAGCGCCGCGCUCGGUUCAGCCCGCACGGACAGGAAGUCAGACACAGAAACCACAUAGUUGAUUUUCAAAAUAAAAUACCCCAAAAGAUUACGUAACAUGUUUUUUUUUUUUUUUUUUUUUUUUUUUUUUUUCUUUUUUUUUUUUUUUUUUUUUUUUUUUUUUUUUUUUUCAAACGUGAUGGAAACGCGGCUGGUGAGGAGAGCCAGGCAUCAUGGGAAAUCACACGUUACCUUUAGUUACUGUUGGAGGAGGCGGAGCUAAGCUGCUUCACCUGUCGUGUCUGUUUGCUGCCUAAACACCCCCGAGUGUCUCCACCCGUCAGGUCUGCAGAGGACAGCAGAUCAAGCGCUCCCCGCUGCACACAGGACCAGCAAUGAGGUGGAGGAGGUGCGUUUGAUUCACCGCACAGCCGACACAGACUGUUUGAGAGGACAGCGGGAUCAGAGCUGCUCGGCAUUGUGGGAUAUGAUCCAGCAUAGGUGAGGCUCAUGGGAGUUGAAGUCUUUAGCGAGAGAGCUCUGUGCAGCUGUGACAUCACCGUCCUCUCCUCAUGAAGUGUUUCUGCUGACGCCGCCCGGACCGGGUCACGGAGGGACUCCACACAGAUCCAGAUCAGACCGGUUCGGUCCAUGGCGUCAGGCGUGCGUUUGAUUUAUGUCCCCACAUGGUUUAGAGUCUCCUCAUCUCUUCUUCUGUUGAAAUACUUGAAGUGUGUCGAGUCUGUCUGUUAUUUCAUCCCGCCUGCCCAAGACGCCAGCUAGUGCAAAAACAAGCGCUCCUAGUUACUGAUGUAUUUUGAACGCUGGCGUGCCGACGUUCACUGAGAACCAAAAGGUGCCAUGUUUGUUUUGUUUUUUUAUCACUUCCUGUUUCUUUUGUUACAUACCCCCUGGUGGUACUGUAUCCAUAGCAACGGGUUUGUAGCUGCGCCGCCGAGUUCAGUUUGUCUCCGUGCUGACGCCAAAACUCCACCCAGGGGGGGCUGCGGUCCAAUCCCUAGCGGCAGACCCGAUGACUACGCACGUCUUUGGCCGCCGACCUUCAGGCGAACGCCGCCACGCGCCGCUUGAUCCAGAUUACUGUAAAUGCAACGUAUGCUGCAUUCAAGUCGUAUGUAAAGUGUGGGAAACCCUAGCUUCAGACUGGAGUGAUGUUUGUUUUCUCCAACGUUACUUGAAUGCAGCAUCAGAAAUGCCUGAUGGUGUGUAGCUUCAUAAAGCACAAUCAUGUUACAGCCACAGUGGAGAGGUUUCACCUCCUCGUUAACGCUGAGCUCUGUCGGCUCGUUAAAAGAUUUUUUUUUUUUUCUUAACGAUGAUGUCAAACAGAAAGCUGGACCUCCUUUAUAUUUUUCUACAGUCCGGCAGAGUCGUUACUCAGAGUCCCAGAAUCCACCGCAGUGUUUCGAACGACCACCGUCGUCCUCAGCUCACUCUCUUCAUGCCGCCGUGCUGCGUUCACGUCCCGUCGGAAAGUUUCUCUCGUCGCUCGAUGAAUCGAUCAACGGGAAGUUAAUCUGCAGCUUAAACGUCGGGAUGUGCCACAUUUUAACGGGUAUGUAUAUUUUAUAACCACGAUAACAUUUGAGGACUUUUUAUGAUGAAACUUAACGAGUUCAACUUUCCGAUGUGGACGUGAAGCGACAUGACUUUUAAAAACUUUUUGUACGUCGGCUCAAGUCUAGAAUCUGUACUGAAUUUACUGAGAAGACUUUUAUUUUAGCUGAUGAUAAUUAUUAGAUCGUAUAAAGUAACUUAUGCAGUCCACACCUUUCCAGAUGAACCCUGAACACCACCCCAACCCUUCGUGUACAUGAUGCAGAACAUUGGCUGAUUGCUGCACUUUAAUUUCUCUGAACGUGUGCCUCUAAUCAUUCUUCAUGUUCAUAUCUGUUUUUAUAUAGAAACAAAGACGCUGAACAACGUCUACGUGUUGUGCAUUUGCAGUUGCUUUCUUUUACUUAAGAACAUAAUUUUGAAUAAUAUCUAUGAUGAUGAUAAUAAUAAUAAUAAUAAAGAAAUGUAUGGAAUUUGAAA